GAAAAAUCAAUUUCAAAUCUGACGUUUAGUAGAGUCCGAACUUUUGCGAAGGAUAACAACAAAGCUGAAUUAUUUACGACGUAAAUAAAUAAGCUUAAUUUUCAUCUCAUAAAAUGGAAACGUUGAAUUACUCGUGCUCUUAAUCGUUUUAAGUUCUCAGUGACAUUAGUUCAGUGAUAAUUUGUGUAAACUUUGCGAGUUUUGUUGUUCAUGUUUCUAUUGUAAUCGAUGAUGUAAGAAACUGAAGGACGAAGCUAGGCUUUGUGGGAACGCCGGUUGCUGUUAUUGUUUUGUGCGUAUUUGUUAGUUGCUCGCCAUGGAAGGUGAGGAAGUCGGGUUGAUCGGUGCGCAUGAUAAAGAUGAGAACGAGAGUAGUUCUCACUCUACACCGCAAGAACACAAAUCUUUUGCGGAGUUCGCUAAAGACAAGCUCGACAGUGCGGGCCGCGAGCUCCGUCGCCGGCUGCCCAUGGCGGGACAGAUCGGGGCUCACCUCAUGCACCCGCGCCGCCUGCUGCUACACUCCACUGCCACCCAACAUACUGAUGUGGUACUCACCUUCCCUAAAGCACUUCACAAAUACCACACUUUCCAAGAAACGCACGAUCAGUUCCCAACACGUCUACUCGGUAGCUUGCCUCCAGCACAAAGUGAGGGACCCACCGUCCCGGUCUUCAUAAAGUAA